GUGGGCUUAGGCGAGCAGGAGAACCCAGUGUAAUUCAGCCAGGCGUUCUGAUAGCUCCUGAUAGCAGCCGCGUCGGCUGCUCGAUUCUCGCGCUUCGGCUUUGAGUCCUUCCAAGGAGCUUGAGCUUACAGAAGAGGGCCAAAGUUAAGGGGAGCCAAGGAACGCGCUGUUGGGACAGGUGGUUGUGAUAGAUUCGAGACUCGUUUGAUCGGCCAAUUUACGGCAGCAAGCAGCGCGCAAAACAUGACGCCCACACCGCCCUCAGCCACGGCCUUGACCACCAGCCGGUCACCCGAAGAGCAGUUCCGGGUGGUGCGCAAGAGGAACAGAGUACCUCUCAGCUGUUACCCUUGUCGAACAAGAAAGAAGUGCGACAGGUCACACCCAUGUGGCAACUGCACUAAGCGCGAGGGAGCCGGCACCCUCUCGUGCUCAUAUGCCACCCCCGUAUCCCGCAGGAAGAACCAGGGCCAAGGGGAACCGACUCCUGAUGAUAUGCAGAACCGCAUCAACCGGCUGGAGGGAUUAGUCCUCUCCUUGAUGCACGGGGGUGCCAACAUCGACGCAUCAUCGUUGCCUGGUGGCUCUUCCACAUCGUCUGGCGGCGCUGCCUCAAACGGCUCGCCUUCUACUGCGGACAGCAGCUCCUUACGAGCCAAAGCCGAAGGCCACGAUGAUGACGGCGAAGUGCAGGGGGACGAUGAAAGCGAUGUUGACGACGGACUUGCGAAAUCCUUAGGAGUCUUGAAGAUGGAUCCGGCUCGGUCAAAGCACGUGUAUCUCGGGGAGGAACACUGGCACACCAUUCUGCUUGACAUAGCCGAGGUCAAGAACUAUUUCGCGAGCCAUAAAAAGGAUCUAGAGACCAGCUACGAGAGAAUCAAGCUGGCAAAACCCCCGACAGCCAAGCAGCCGCCCACCCUGCUAAUGGGUGCCACACCGGCAACCGAGGUCGAACUCCGGGCAGAGUUGCCACCCAAGUCGAAGAUCAUAGCGUUAUGCUCGAGGUACUUUAGCUCGAUGGAUAACGCUGUCAACAUCCUCCACGCUCCAACGUUUUGGCAACAGCUUCGAGACCACUGGCAAGAUCCAUCAAAGACGUCAAUCAUGUGGUUGGCGUUGCUGUAUGCGGUCAUGUGCCUGGCUCUGAUAAGUUACCACAAGGUUGGAGAUGAGCCCCCUGAGUGGAAGGGCCGGGCGCUUGAGCUGGCAGAUGAGUAUCGGUUAAGGACGGUUCAGUGUUUGGUCGCGGGGGACUAUACCAAACCGACACAGCAUACGGUGGAGGCCAUGAUGCUGUAUGGUUUCUGCGAGUAUUCCUCUCGAUGGGAUGCCGACUUGAGCUUGUGGAUCAUCAGUGCUAUGGUGGUACGGGUCGCCCUACGGAUGGGCUAUCACCGUGACGGCAAGUGGUUUUCCACCCUCACACCCUUUGAAGCGGAGAUGAGACGCAGGACCUGGGCUUUGGUGAGAAUGAUGGAUAUCAUUCUCUCGCAUCAGGUAUCGCUCCCGAGCAUGAUAUCCGAGCACGACUGCGACACCGAGCUACCCCACAACAUUUACGACGAAGAGUUCGGUCCGGAUACGAAAGUGCUCCCGCCUUCGAGACCUAACACUGAGCCCACACCUGUCAGCUAUAUGGUCCAGAAGGUCAAACUGUGUGAUCUGCUCGGCACCAUCCUGCAGGCUACGGGCCGGGUCAAGAGCCCGGUCCAUUAUGACGAGAUUCUCCGAUUCGAUGCCAAGUUGCGCGACUUCAAGGCUGGACUUCCGCCUCACCUACGGAUGCAGCCGCUCGAAGGCUGCGACGCUCCGCUGACGUUGAUCAUGGCCAGGUUCCACCUAGAAAUUCUCUACCUCAAAAUCAUGUGCCUGCUCCACAGGAAGUACAUGCCACGAGCGAGGCACAACCCCCGAUAUGCCCACUCGCGUCGGAGUGCCAUCGAAGCGUCGUUAGAGACUCUGCGAAUUUUGGCGACGCUCCACCGGGAAUCGCAGCCCGGCGGGCUUCUCCAUCCAGUCAAGUGGUUCUUCACAUCAGUUGCGACGAAGGACUUCCUCCUCCCCGCCAUGGUCAUCGUACUUGAUCUGCACUUUGACAACGCGGGCCAGGGGCCGGCGGGACAGCAGGACGCCCAAAGCUUGUACUUCUGGUCCAGAGAGCAGCGCCAGGAAAUGAUCGACAGGCUCGAGCUGACGAGGGAUAUCUGGAAGGAAUUGUCCGAUACCUCAGUCGACGCGUUUAAAGCGUCCAAUAUCCUUGAUAUCAUGCUCAACAAAAUCAAACGCCUUGGAGGUGCGGACGGGCCUGCGAGCCCGAUGGGGUUAUCAUCCAGCUCGGGGCCGCUUAGGACUGGCGACUCGGGUGACCUGCUACCGGGGCAGCUCGAGGCCACGACGCGAGGCAUGCUUUCCGGUGGGUCGGGGCCAGGACUGGCAAACACAUUCAGCGGGGCUCAGUCCUCCGUGAACAAAUCGUACGGAGACCUUAACUUGGGCCUGAACGGAGCGAAUGCGGGCGGGGGGGCUGAAAACGGCCCGAGCACAAGUAUGGGGAUGGGAAGUGCCGCCCCAACAAACUUCUCCAACCCCAUGCUCGGCUUUGACAGCGCGCAUUCACCACUGACCAUGUUUGAUAACAUGGCGAAUAAUAACCUGGAUUUUUCGACCAAUUUCGAUUGGGAAUCGUUUGAGAACUUUACUCAGAGCGUAAAUUGGGGCGGCGAGUCCCUGCAAUUCUUUCCUGGAAACCCCGAGUUCUCGCAGCAACAAGCGCCACAGGAUGGUGCUCAAUUUCCAUAUGGCUUGGAUUUGACGGGGUCGAGCUGAAGUGCCAUCGUCUGAUGGACGGGGCUUGAAAAAGGAAGUUUACAUACUGGGUAAUCGGGCAUAGGGUUGUGUGGGUGGUACCCGAGGGAAACGAUGGGGGUGGU